GGGCUGUCUAGUACUUUUUCUUUUUUCAUUACGUCUAGGAAUGUUCCGUUUUUUUUCUUCGGUUGCAAAAAAAUGUGCUGAAGAUGUAGUGGUGGUGGCUGUGGCAGCAUCGAAGUGCAACAGUAGGUCUAUGGCUCUCUCACGUACCUCGUGUUCUUUGAAACCACGUCAAUCAUCUGGUAGUCAGGAGAGCGUGGGUAAAACUUCGAGCAAAAUUAAAAGCUCCCGCGCUCGUCAAGGGCUAAAAACGAAGACCAAUAAGCCUGUCUCUAGAGGUACUAGUGCUCAAAGGAAUAGUGGGAUCAGGAAAGGUGCCUCCACGGCCUAUCAAUCUGAAAAGCCUGAGGAAGAGUCGAAUCAGAAGCUCGAAACCGCACCGAAAGAAGAGGUCGCAAGCCACAAGAAUGAAGAUGAUGACAUAAAUAACGAUGAUACCACUGAUUCGUUACGUCCAGCGUACAUGUCCGAAGAACUCGAGAAGAAGGUCCUGAGUAUGGCAGAGCGGAUGCAGGUACGCGAUAUUAGCGGUGAGGUUCCUGUUGCAUCGUUUGCCUAUGAGAUACUAAAAACACACCCGUCGGUGCGCAAGAUGGGCCUACGUGAGCGCAUGCAUUUUCUAUGCAGGCGAUGGGAAGCACUCAGUGAAAAAGAGCGGCUAUCAUAUUUAAACCAUCCAUUGAAAGGUUUGCUUUGAAAUUGAUCGAACUUUCACACAAAUGCCAAUGACACGCUCCAGCCGUGAACGUAAUACAUUCUGUUAUUAUUAUGGCUAUACUCGUUCUUCAGAUAACACAGACAUAUCUUACUCUACUUUUACAAGUCUGAUAUGAAUUCAACGACUAAGGGGAAGAUCAUGCAAGCGUUUUCGUUCUGUUAGUAUUUUCCCAUGUUCAUCGGUGACGGACAAUUAUUCCACCUUUGAGUUGUCCACUUACCUUUAUUUGUUUGACUGGAGAUGAUGUAGGCCUUUUUUCAGUUCAGGGAAUAUUUUCACUUAUGUGAUACUCGGUCUUGAAUUUGUGAGGUAAACUAUUACACAAUUUACAGACGUUUUCGGAUCUUACCAAAGGGUUUGCUGACACCAAUGAAGGAAGCGAUAUCUCUAUAGAGUUUAUCGUCCCAUCUAUUAGAUAGAAUGCAAAUGAAAAGUAACUGUUUUAAGUCGAGAUUUUCACCUAGGGAUAAUGUUUCAUAACUGUUGCGGUACUUAUUAAAAAUAUAACACCCUUCGUCCGCAUAUAUGUGAUGCAUGUCGCACUUUUAUUAUACUAGCAUGA